AAACAUAUGUUUCCAAACACCCUCAAACUGAACAAGGCUCUGAAGACUUCAUAUAGACACUGAGUGAUUCUGAAACCACAUAUGCAUUUGAAUCUCAUUUAAAUGAAAACAAUCAACAUUGUUGAAAAAUUUUUUUAGGGUGAAGUUCUGUGGUGAGCUGAAGUACCUUUAUGCAUAAGUACAUUUUCAUAAAAACAAAACAAACAAAAAAACAGUUCCUUUCUGUAUAAAUGCUGGCCACACAAACACAGAUGAGGAACACAAUCCAGUCCACACCAGAAGAGAAACUAGAGUUAGACUGUCAGCAUCUUGACAACACAGAUACUGUCAGUAGGUGAUUGAAAAUAUAGAAACAAGAAAAAACUUGGAAAAUGUUUAAAGAAGAUAGAAAAAUCACUCAUAAAAGCAUCGAUAAUAUUUAUGAAAAUAUUGCUGUUACAAAAGGUCAAUUUGGACAAGUGACCACGGACAGUAACGCAACGAGAAUCCAGUCAUCUGAACUCACAGGAAGUGAUUCAGUGAAGAGCAGAAGCUCCAAAGCAGUUGUAGUGUGUUUGGUUCUGCUGUGUGUUCUUCUGCUGACUGCAGUCAUAGUGCUGUGUGUCAUCUUCACUCAAGAGAGACAACAGCUCAUAUCCAAUAAUGAAAACCUGACCAAUGAGAGAGAGCAGCUAAUACUCAAGAACACAAACCUGACCAAUGAGAGAGAGCAGCUAAAAUGGGAGAAAAAUGAUCUUCAAAGGUGUCUUGGUAAAGUGGAUGGAUGGAUUUACUAUCAAUACCAUUUUUACUACAUGUCCACUGAGAUGAAGAGCUGGACUGAGAGCAGAAAAUACUGUACAGAGAGAGGAGCAGAUCUGAUCAUCAUAAACAACAGACAGGAACAAGAAUUAGUUAAGAAUAUUUCUGGUGGUGCUUAUGUCUGGAUUGGUCUGACUAACAUUGAUGUGGACGGCAGCUGGAAAUGGGUUGAUGGCAGCACACUGACCUCUUGGUUCUUGUUGUCUGGAAAGCCUAGCUACUCUCACUAUGAAAACUGCGCUCUAAGUUGUACCUCAUGGUGGACUGCUUAUUCAUGUAACAAGGCUUUAAAAUGGAUCUGUGAGAGGAGUAUUUUACAAAUUGCACUGUCCUAGGAACAUCAUACUUUUUUUUUUUUCUCGUAACAUUACCCACAUGCAACAUUACAAAAACUGAUUAAAUGUACUCUAAAAACAUUUCAGUAAAUAAUUGUGCAGGCACUUUACGAACACACAUGAUUAACCUGUUAGUCUUUUGUUGAAAAAAUAAAUUUUGUAUUGUUUGGGGAACACUUUUUCAGCAAUUUAUCAACAAUCUUUAAUGUAUCAAAUGUCU